AUGACGUCCCCUUCUUGGCUGCCCUCGUUAGAGAGUCUUGCCGCCUCCAACUCCAUCAGGCUCGUCAGGCCUUCCGAUGCCGACUUCGAUGAGAUCAACCUGUGCUACAUCCGGCGGCCGACAUGUCAAGCAGCGGCUAUCGUCCGGCCCAAGAACGCCGAAGACGUCUCGACGCUCAUCAAGUACUGCACCUCCCACUCGGCACCAUUCGUCAUCCGCUCGGGGGGACAUGAUUCCUCAGGCCGCUCGCAGGUCGCUGGGGCCCUGGCCAUCGACAUGCGCGAGAUGAACAAGACCACGAUCUCUGCCGACGGGAAAACGGCCAAAGUCGAAGGCGGUGCCUUGCUCAGCCAGGUGUCCGACGCACUGGGCGAGGAGAACCUUGUUACACCCGUCGGGAUCAUCUCGAGCGUGGGCUACAUCGGAUGGGCAACGGGGGCCGGCUAUGGGCCGUUUGCGAAGAGUCUUGGGAUGGGAGUUGACCAGAUCCUCGCGGCGAGGCUGGUCAACUGGGAGGGAGACAUCAUUGAUGCAGAUGAGGAGCUGCUCAAGGGGCUUCGGGGUGCUGGGCCUACCUUUGGCGCAAUUGUUGAGCUUACAAUCAAGGUGUAUCCUCUCGAUACGGUACUCUCUGGGUUCGUCAUGUACGAUACCUCAAACUUCGAGACAACUAUCAAUCAAUGGUUUGACGCCUUCAACAAGCUCUCCGAAGGCGCAGGCAUACCACCUACCCUUUCAAUUCAGCUCGCGGUCAUAGAGGUCCCCGGCCUGGGCAGGGUGGUAGCUAGUAUGGUUGUAUGGACAUCGCCAGAUCAAGACGAAGGGCGGCGGUGGGUAGACAAGAUCGUGUCUAUGGGGAACUGUGUCAUGCAGAAUGUUGCACCUAAUAAGGUGGGAGACUACCUCCGUGGAAACGACAGCGCCAUCAAAAUCGGCUCUUGGGGUCGCAACAACACCGUCUCGGUUCGGGCGUUCACUCCCAAGGUCAGUCAGAUCAUCCGGAAGCACACAGAGACACUUCCUGGCGGCGUCGGCUUUGCCAGCCACUUUCUCAGCGGCCCAUCCCUUGAGCCGAACGAGCAGUCGGUCUUCGGCACGAGGGUCGAGCACAUCGUGCUCGAGAUUCUGUCUGCCACGCAAUAUGAGACAAAGAUGGAGGAAUGUAUAGCGUGGGGUAAGGCAUUUAGAAAGGACCUCCUUGAGUCCGCUCCCGAAGAUGUCGUAGGCGCUGGGUUUCCCGCUCUUCUCACAGCAGAAGAGUCAGACUUGCGUAAGAUCUACGGGCACAAAUACGAAGUAUUGAUAGCAUUGAAGCGAAAGUACGACCCACACAAUAUCUUCAAAAACACUAUACCAAGAAUAGAAUGA